AUGGCAGGGAAAAGAACGUUCUACGCUGAUGAUGAAGAAACCAUCACCAAGCCUGGAUUUAACUCUAGGAUUUCCGAAGAAUUGAAAGAACAAGAAUCGUCUCACGGUUCUAUUUCAUUUAUUGAAGGUAUGGGAAUUAGAUCGAUACCAAUAUUAGAAAAAUACAGUAACCAAUUUAGAUUAUUCUUACAUGAUAAGAUUGAAAUUUACUCUGCUGAAUUGGGUACCCAAAGAUCUGCUUUCAAUAAUGAGUUAAAUACCGUGAAGAAGAAUUUUAAUGAAAUUAUAACAGAACCAAUAUUGCCAAGUUUCAUUUAUAUUUUAACUGCUUCAUUAACGGGAUCUAUUCUUGUUAAUAAAAGAGUAUUGCCAAUUAGAUUCAUAACUCCUUUACUUUUCGGUGGUGUUGCAUUCAAAUAUUACAUGCCAAUAUCUUUUGAAAAUGCAUCAAGUAGAUUAUUAACUAUUGAAGAAAAAAACUACCCAGAGCUCCAUAAACAACAAAUUGAAUUCAAAAACCAAUAUAGCCAAUUGAAAAAAGAUUUCAAUAAGUCAUUGGGUGAUUCAGAAAUUGAAUUACAAAAAAAUAUUCAUUCUACAAGAGAAUCUAUAAUUGAUUUUUUUUCUUCAAAUGAAAAGAAAUAA